AUGUCCAACAAGUACGUCAUCGAACACGCGAAGAGCGGCCGAUCCAACUGCAGGAAGUGCAAGGAUCCGAUCGCCAAGGACGCCCUGCGCUGGGGCAGCAUCACGACGAGGGACGAGCACGAUCAGACGUACUGGAGCCACCUCGGCUGCGUGACCGAAAAGCAGUUCACGAACGCGCUCGAGUCGUACGAGUCCCUGCGCGAGAUCCCCGGCGUCGGCGACGACGAGGACAUCCUCGGUCAGGUCGACCAGGCGUACGCCGCGACGCAGACGAGCGCGAACUUCGACGCCGCGCAAAAGGCGCAGGAGAAGGCGGACAAGGGCUCGCACAAAGUCGAGGAGAAGGAAGCGAAAGCCGCGGAGAAAGCCAAGGCGAAGAAGGACGCCGCGGCCGCGAAGCAGGCGGAGAAGGACGCCAAGGCCAAGGCGAAGGAAGAGAAGGAGCGCGCGAAGGAAGAAGCGAAGGCCGCGAAGGCGGAGCAGAAGGCUGCCGCCGCCGCCGCGAAGAAAGACGCCGCCGCCGCCGCCGCCGACGACGACGCCGAGGCGGAAGACGACGACGACGAGCCGAUCGCGGUGAGCAAGAAGCGCAAGAACGCGUCCAUGAAGCCCGCGAAGGUCUUCAGGGAAGGCAACCGGAAGUCCUCGCGGAAGGACGCGAUCGCGGCCGAGGAAGCCGACGCCCCGUGCUCGCCCGCCGCGGCGUGA